CUAGUUCCGUUCGGUUAUUGUCAUCCAAACCGUACGUCGGACCAGUCGAGAUUCUAUCGGGGCUCUUAAAAGACUAUACGGAAAAUAAGCACAAAGCAGUCACCGGAGACUGGGCGAAGCGCAAGAAAAGAAGAAAACAGUGCACAGUUGUAGCUUUUCCCCUUGUACUUAAGUAACGCAUAGCAAGGCUUAAAUUUUUUUUUGCUCAUUUCGGUCGGUGAAUAUAGAUAGUUUUUGCGUUCUGCGGAUUUUCGAAUCGUCAGCUAGUUGAGUAAUAGAGUGGAAAUUCCAGAAGAUUGUUUCGCGAAAAUUCGGAAGUUUAGUGAUCGAUCAACUCACCGAAUGCUCGUUCGCAGGCAUUUUUAAAAAAGAUUGAGCUCUCUGCGCAGCAGGCUUAAGUAUAGAGAUACUCGUACAGAACCGUCGACGAAGACACGCCAAUUGCACUCGCGGGGGGUUUCGCUGAGCCGUAAAAAGCGAAGAAGUGCGUGGAGAGGAAACGCAGGGAGUCACGAGUGUGUUUUAUGUGACCGAGUAUUUCAGUAGUGAGCCGAGAAUUCAAGCACGGGUGUGACCGAGUGUGUUGGUGAGACACAAUCGCGAGUGUAGUUACGAAUUUCCGAAAAUUGUUGUUUUUCGAUUGUAUCACUGUUUUUUUCAUUUUGGAAGCAAAGAGUUGUUCGAUUCGAGUGAAGAAAGAAAGAAACCGCAUUGAGCGAGUGUGUCGAAGAUAGGAAGAAGCGUUACGAGUUGAUUCAUAGAAAUUCCUCAACGUACACUAGUACAAAGAAAGUGGGUAAACAGUGUUCUUCACGGCGAUCACAAUCGAGUAUUUUUUGACGAACGUGCAGGAAUUGCUCAAAGGGAUGGAGAUGCUGUACUAGUUUACACCAAUAAGCGAGUGUAAAUCAGAAAGUGCAAACGUGAACUAUCAAACGAUACCCAAAGAAAGAGAGAAAGAGAAAUACAUUAAAGCUAAGAGUUCUGCAGCAUAACAGGACUUUAUAGAUCGAUCAAGAUGAGCACGUAUUGCAAUAGUGUCAGCUCGGAAAAUAAUUCCCAGACAACGCAGAGCAUUGCGGACUAUCUGGCACAGUUACUUAAGGAUCGGAAACAGUUGGCCGCCUUUCCGAAUGUGUUCAAUCAUGUUGAACGUUUACUGGAUGAAGAAAUCUCUAAAGUGAGGGCUUCAUUGUUCCAAAUCAAUGGAGUGACCAAAGAGCCCCUGUCACUUCCAGAUGCUGAGGGAGAGCCAAUCACGCUGAACGAGAAAGUUUACGUGCCCGUAAAAGAACACCCCGAUUUCAACUUCGUAGGACGAAUUCUCGGACCUAGAGGUAUGACAGCGAAGCAGUUGGAGCAGGAGACUGGAUGCAAGAUUAUGGUCCGGGGGAAAGGCUCGAUGCGUGAUAAGAAAAAAGAGGAAGCUAACAGGGGCAAACCCAACUGGGAGCAUCUGUCGGAUGAUUUACAUGUUCUGAUCACAGUCGAAGAUACAGAAAACCGAGCUGGAAUCAAAAUCAAACGUGCUCUGGAAGAGGUCAAGAAACUGUUGGUUCCCCACGCUGAAGGAGAAGACGAACUAAAGAAACGCCAGCUUAUGGAACUUGCGAUAAUCAAUGGUACAUAUCGGGACUCCAGCACGAAAGCCGCUCCCACCGAAUUGAACUUCGAAACAGCGUACGAUGGUUGGAAGCAGCUGGCUGCUGAACAACGCCUCAUGAACCCUGCAGCAUUCACCGGUUUGACGACGAACCAUUUGGCUGCCGCUGCAGCGAGAAAUGCUGCCAAUCCUCUCGGUGCUCCGCUUAUCCUGUCGCCACGAAUCUCUGUGCCAACCACGGGCGCCAGUUUAAUCACUGGCACGGCUCCUCCAACGAUCGAUCACACCACCGGCCUGAUAUACACCACCACGCCGUACACCGACUACGCCAGCUAUGCCACGCUAGCCGCUGCAAAUCCGCUGCUCACGGAAUACGCCGAUCACAGUAUUAUCAAACCCAGAAACUCAGCCACAGCCCAGCGAAGUCGCCAAUGGUCGUUACCAGGAAACCGGUUGCAUCCGGACAUGCAGCAGCGUUCGUAUAUCUCCAAUUCGCAGUACAACAAUAUUUCGAACCGUUGUUCCGGGUGCAGUACAUCUCAUCGCUACACGUUCAUCGAGACAGAUUCGUGAGACAAUGCAGUUGGUGAAGAAGUAAAAAAAAAUAAACGUCCAACCAAGUCGAUUGCGCCAGAAAAGAGAAAGGAGCCCGCGCGAACCGAACGUCACCAACAAGCAAGCAGCGCGCGGAAGAAAGCAACAAAGAGAAAUGCGAAAAAAGAGAGAAGAGAAAAACAUUCGAGACACAAAGAAGCAACAAAAACAUGAAUUAACUUUGUGGAUGUAGAAAAAUAAACGUAAACACCAGUUUUGGAUUGAUGAGGAGACAUUCCAUACAAACCGUUAUAAAAACCAGAAAGUUGUACCGAGUACGAGUCGCGUUUAAAACCAGCAACAGCCAGCAGUAGAGGAAAAAAACAUUGUCCAAGGUGCUUUCGAAACGAAGCAAGAGAGUGCCCCGUAUCGUAACACCCGUCCUACCCUGCGCCGUCCACGACAUGACUGACCUUCUUCGGCUAAACGGCGAUGGGAAUAUGACAUACGUUGAGUUUACCGUAGUGCAUUGCGCUGCAGCGAGGAGUGUGUGGUGCAGGCUAAUGCAUCAAGAUCGUAGAAGCAACUCUCAGCGUUUGGCCGGUCGUAGGUCGUACCCGGUCCGGUUGCUCGAUUCUUUCGGUGCCGAUGUACCUACGUGAAUUCGCACCGAAUUCUGCUGGGAAAGUAGCCCAUCAUGUUGGACGCUGCCGAGAGACGGACGACGACGUGGUCGUAGUGGUGGUGGUGAUGCACUUUAAAGCGCAAUUAUAGUCAGCUAUUUACCUUUAUUCAUAAGAAAUCGACCCAAAAUUGCAGUUUAUACAAAAACCAGUUACCAAGUAUCUGAGAUCGUUGGUGUAUUCUCUUAAUUACCGCACUUUUAGGUUAGAUAAUUCUUUUAAGAUUAUUAUAUCAUUAAACAAGUGACAUAAGCAGACCAGAGGUAGAAACGUUUGAUACUCUUGUGAGGGAUGCCAUGGUACUUCCACGACGUUUUAGAUUGUAGAUUUCGGAUUACGUUGCUUAGUUGCUUUGUUAGAAUGUGGCAAACUAGUCUAUAUUAAGCUUAGGUGUCUAGGGAGAUAAAUCGUAACGAACAAUUUUUUUUUUUCAUAUGUGUACUGUAAAUUGUUUAGUAUUUAAUGACAGCUUUCUUAGUAUUAUUAAGUAAGAAAACUAUUUAUGUAUGGAAUAAUAUCUUCUCUAUCGUA